GCGCCAUCGCCUACCGAACAGCAUCUCAACGCUGGAGUGUGACAGGAGGCCUCCGACGCCCCCCCCCAUCGAUUGCUGUUCAGACUGGCGGAAGAAUCCGUCUGGGACACAUCAGCCUGUGACCCGAACCUGAUCGCCAACCAACCCAUCCAUCCAUCCAUCCAUACAUCCACCCAGCCAUCCAUCUUCUCUGUUCCAGUGCUCCGCUCCAGAUCAGCAAACUCUUCUGCACCAUUCGUUCCACACACUGAACUCCAUGGACCAGUCAUCAUGAGACUUUGCAACACCUCCGCGUCCUCGCUCCUCCCUCUCCUUCAGUCCCCACGCCUCCCUCGGGUCCACCGCUGCAGCCUGUCAACCCUCUUAGCCAGUGGCAGGGCAGCAUCGUGCAGACGCCUCAGCACAGAUGGACCCGCCCCACAGCAUGUGAUUGGACAGGACUCGGUGGAGGUGUUGGGCAACUCUUAUCCUCGCGAUGACUUCACCAAUGUCACACCAAAGAUCUUGGCCAAAGUUGGACGUAACCUCCACAACCAAUCUCAUCAUCCUUUAUGGCUGAUUAAGGAACGUAUCAAAGCUCACUUCUACAGUGCCUACAUUGGUCGCUGGGGCAACCCACUUUUCUCUGUCCAUGACAACCUGAGCCCGGUGGUUACCGUGGAGCAAAACUUUGACAGCUUGCUGAUCCCGCCCGGCCAUCCCAGCAGGAAGCGAGGAGAUAACUACUACCUGAACAGGAAAACGAUGCUCCGUGCCCACACCUCCGCCCACCAGAGGGAGCUGGUGAGCUCCGGCUUGGAUGCCUUCUUACUGGCUGGAGAUGUUUACAGGCGUGACGAGAUCGAUGCCAGUCACUACCCCGUCUUCCACCAGAUGGAGGGAGUCCGACUCUUCUCCAAUUACGAGCUGUUCUCUCAGGUGCAGCACAGUGAGGAUCUGUCUUUGUUUGAGACUGGAGGUCGGAGGACGCCUCACAAACAGGAAACUCACUCUCUGGAGGCUGUGAAGCUGCUGGAGUUCAACCUAAAACACACUCUGACACGGCUCGUCACUCACCUGUUCGGACAAGACCUGGAGGUCCGCUGGGUCGACUGCUACUUCCCCUUCACUCACCCCUCCUUUGAGAUGGAGGUGCGUUUCCAGGGUGACUGGAUGGAGGUGCUGGGCUGCGGAGUGAUGGAGCAGGAGCUGCUUAACUCAGCGGGGGCAGGGAACAAAGCGGGCUGGGCAUUUGGUCUCGGCCUGGAGAGACUGGCCAUGGUCCUGUAUGGCAUCCCAGACAUCCGGCUGUUCUGGAGUGAGGACGAACGCUUUCUCAAACAGUUCAAAGUGACGGAUAUCCAGCAGCCCAUCUGCUUCCAGCCCCUCAGUAAGUAUCCUCCCCUCUACAAUGACAUCUCCUUCUGGCUGCCGGACAGCAGAGAGAGGGAGGACGGGGAAGAGGCCUUCACGGAGAAUGACUUCUACGAUCUGGUGCGCUCCAUCGGAGGAGACCUAGUGGAGAAAGUGUCACUGGUGGACCAGUUCACGCACCCAAAGACCGGCAGGCGGAGUCACUGUUAUCGCAUCAUCUACCGCCACAUGGAGCGGACUCUGACCCAGCAGGAGGUUCGACUCGUCCAGGAGCAAAUUGAACGCGCCUCCGAGACCGAGCUUGGCGUCCAGGGCAGAUACUGAAUGGCACACGUGCACACAUACACACACACACACACACACACACACACACACACACACACUCACUCAAUUGGCUGCAGCUUCGUCACGUCGUUGUAGCUGUGAUAUUUUAUAUUUUGCUGCAGGGGGAAACGUGUUGACUUUAAUACCAACGUCACGCUCAGCUUUUGAUGCUGCUGCCAACACACACACACACACACACACACACACACACACACACAUACGGUACGUCAUCUUGUGUUUUCUCCUCUUCAGAUUGAAAAGUCUAAAUUUGACGUGUGUCAUCUCUAAUUUCCUAAAACAUCCUGUGUGUGUGUGUGUUGAGUCGGCGGUCACGCACCGCAGCUUCAAGCCACUGCAACGUGUCGAUUCAGAUUUUCUGACGGCAGCCAGAAGCAGCCGAACCUCAGCAGCUGUUCUGUUGCUGAUCACAGACCAGAGAGGAUGACUGUAACAACAGUAUUCUCUCUUUUUCAGCAGAUUCACACUGACAUCUUAUACUAAAGGAAAAUUCCAACACUUUUCUUCAUUUCUAUCAGUUAUAAUAAAUUAAUGCUCAACAAGGUUAAGUCCUGCUAUCUUAGAGGUAACAGCUUAAAUUAUGACCAUAAGAUUUAGGUCGACAUAAACUGAAAUGAUGCUUUAAUUUUUAACAACACCUAUAAAUUUGCUUUUCUUUUUUUUUUUAAGGUUAAGUCCAGGGACUUUUUGUUCUUGAGAUGACAUUAGGUUAAUAUGAUGAUAUGCAGCAUUCAAAUUCAAUUUUUUAACAAGUCAAAUACACAGUGGGAGGGAAUAUCUAUGAUUUAAAUGAUUGAACAACUGUGAGAUUCAAUCAUUUCAUUAAUUUUCUGUGACCACUUAUACUGUUGGGGGUCGCGGGAGGGCUUGAGCCUAUCCCAGCUGACACUGGAUGAGAGGCGGGGUAUACCCUGGACAGGUCGCCAGACUAUUGUAGGGCUAAUAUAUAGAGACAAACAACCAUUCACGCUCACAUUCACACCAACGUGAAUUCACACCUACGGGCAAUUUAUUGUCACCAGUUAACCUGCAUGUCUUUGGACUGUGGGAUUAAGACGGGAUAUCCGGAGAAAACCCACACUGACACGGGAAGAACAUGCAAACUCCACACAGAAGGGCUCCCCCUGGUUUGAACCAGGAACCCUCGUGCUGUGAGGUGACAAUGCUAGACACUUUACCACCGUGCCGCCACAACCUGAGAUGACUUCAAAUGUUUUUAAAGGAAUACUUCACCCACAAAAUAAUAAUUUGCACAUCAGUUAGUCACCCUGUGUUGCACUGAAUUUGUGAAGAAAGCUUUGUUUUUCUCACAUGCCUCCUCCACACUAAAUGAAGAAUCCCAAAACAGAAAAAAAAACUCUUAAUGAGCUGAAGUCAUAGGGGUCCAAAUUUAACAACCGCCAAACUAUAUCAAAACAUCCGUUUACAAAAUCUCACAAAACUUGUGCAGUCAAAUCCAAGUCUCAUUAAUCCAGUCAUAUGCUCACGUAUACUAGUCUAAGUCACUGCAUGUGGACUGUGGCUAUAAACCUGCCAUUGGCUGACUAUUUAGACCAGCAUCCUCUCUCCCUUUUGCUUUCUGUGUGUCACCAUUUCCGAAUCCAUUUCACUACAGUAAACAACAACCUGCAAAUUAACAACUUAGUUGCUGAAAAUGGCAAGUUUUGACAAAGAUUUGGAUUGUGCAACAAGGCAUGCCUGCUUUGUUCUUUAUGUGAAUUGUUGUUAAGAUCUAUAACGAAUAAAACAACCUGUUAACCACCUCUUUGUAAAUCUUCACAUGUUGAUCUGUUUUCUGAUAGUCUGAGUUAAUCUGCUACAUCAAUUCGUUUUUCUCACAGUCAUACCCUGACUCCUCACCGGAUCAGCAAACUUUCUGUCGCCACUGUCAGUGGAGCCGUUCUCCACCUGGAGAGUCUGCCUGGUUGGCACAAGCUAACAUCCAGCACUGGGCUGUUAAAUGGUCCCAACAAACUCACACUAAUACAGAAAUGGCUCAACUCUGCUAAGGCCACCUGCUGUUUCGCCAGUCGUCGCCAUGUCUUAGCAAAGAAAGGCCAACUAGCAUGUUUGUUUUGCGCCUGCAUGAGAGGAAAUAACUCUUUGUUGUCUGUAUUUAUCAUUCAAAAAGGAAAACCAGAAGAACGUCUUGAUGCUAGUUAGCCGGUUACCACAUUAACAACAUAAUCCAGUGUUGAAAGAACAGAGCAUAUUUACCGUGCACCAGUGAACAAUAACACAAACCAUCAGGAAAAGUUUCUGCUGAAGGCCUCAGUGGAUAAAGUAAAACAACCUCACCUUAUAUCACAAGUUUGUUUUGGCUUUACUUCCUGUUGACUUUAGCUCUUAAUUUAUUUUACUCACUUCCGUUUCUCUUCUCAUGCGCUGAGCUGGACUGACAAUCAGAGAGAUUUAUUCACCUGUGAACUCCGUCAUCACUGACACUGAUUCAACAUGAUGAAUCAGCAGACAAAAUGUCAACUACGCUGAUGAAGCCAACGGUGCAGGACAUACUGCAACACCGGCAACAGACGCCUAAAUUUGACUGAUGGCCAACCGUCGGCUUGGUGUGUCAGGGCCUCUGGGUAAUGUUAGCCAUAUCAUGCUAACAGUUAGCCCUGUCACUGUGUGUGUUCCCACUGAUUGGUUUAAAGAAACACAAACGAGCCAGAGCGUUUUUUUUUUACCUAUAGCAGAAAGAAAAUCAGUGAAUCUAGGAUUUUCUCAAAUGUUACACAGUGCUGUGGUGAUGGGUCUGACUAUGUGAAACAGUGCCCAGACACAAAGACUUUUCCAUCGGGAAACUGAACUUUUUUGCUGUUGCUAAAUGUGGACCCCUGUUACUUAACUUCAUCAAGAAUUUUCUUCCCCUUUUUGGAUUCUUCGUUCACAGUGGAGGCACGUGAGAAAAAUAAGUUUGUUUGUUUUUUAUUAAAUGUAACACAGGGUGAGUGAUAUACAAAUGAUCAUUUUGUGGGUGAAGUGUUCCCUUAAAAACCUAAACUUUCCCCUGAAAAACUUACGAGUCAUAUCCUUCAAAUUAACGUAAUGAGUUAAAUUUCUGAACAAAACCUUACUUGUCUGUGCACCAGAUGAAAUGUUCGAUCUGAAUUUAAAGAAUCCACAUUCUUAAUUUGUGUCACCAUGUUCUGAACUUUAAACUCUUAACAGUUUCAGGACUAAAGUAGUAAAACUCAAGAGGAGAAAACACUGAACACAAACCCUUCACAGGUUCUUUAUUCAUCUUUACUCAACUGCUUCAGCUUCAGUCAGCUGAACAUGAAUGAAGACUCUGGUGUUUGGAUGUUCACAGAAACAGAACACCAAAUCAAAAUAUCAGAGAAGUUUUUUUGAUUCUUAUGAAUAGAAAAUGUCUGUAGCUUUAACUGAAGCUGAGUGUUUGUAUGUUUUGUUUUUUGUUUUCUGACGGGUUUGUAUCUUUAGAUUUGAACAUUAAAACUGUUUGUUACA